UUUAUAUAGAACUAAGUAAAAUGAAAGCUGAUGUUGUAAUACCUGAAGAACUGCAACAUAAACUUCCACCCCCAGCACUUAACCUACCAAAGCAUAAAUAUACAUGGAUGUCAAAUGAAGAAAUUGCUGCAAUACUUAUCAACUUUAAACAACAUCCAGACUGGCUUACAACAUCCAGAGUAUUUAGACCAGAGAGUGGCUGCCUGCUCAUGUUUAAUAGAAAAAAAGUGAAAUACAGACAAGAUCUUUACAUUUGGAAAACCAAACGAAAAAGUAAAUGGUGCCGUGAAGAUCACGUUAAACUUAAAGUUGCUGGCAUACCAUGCAUCACAGCUCUGUAUGUUCACUCUGAUGUGUUGCCUACUUUCCACAGACGUUGCUACUGGUUUAUACAGAAUCCUGACAUAGUUUUAGUUCACUACCUUAACUAUCCUUACAAUGAUGAUGGAAAACAAAUUAUUCGAGACUUUUCACUUAACCAUCAAUGCCAGCAAUGGAGGCAACUUUCAAAACAAGAGUUGCUGGAUCAGCUACGUCCAAUGUUUACAAGGAUUCCAUGGCCAAGUGUUAAUGGACCUCAGUUGGUGUCUGAAGCUAUGGAUAUUAUCAUUGAAAGUCUGAUAGAAAAACAUUACGCAGAGCAACGGUCAAUACAGAUUCCUAAUCGAUACACUCCUGUGACCAUCAAACCAAACAUUAUCUUGUCAAAUGGAAGUAACAUUCCAUGCAUUGAGUUGAUGCGUGCACCGUGUACCACUUCCCCACCUUCUGUAUCAUGUAUUGUCGACAAUGGCCACAAUACCAUCAUUAACACUGAAAACACUAAACACAACCAAACAGCAGUAUCCAAUACUAUAUUAUGCAACGGGAAUUCGGUUAUUUUUGUAAAUGAUGCAUCUGGAAGGAAAUGUGCUGUUGUGCAAGCUGUUUCUACUAUUAAUACAAUGUCUUCACAAACUAUACCAUGCCCACUGUCGAAAAUUGCUUCAAAAGCUGACACUGGGUAUCAUAUGGUAAAUUCAACACCUCAGACAGAGCAAUAUAUUGAGAGAAACAUUACUCGCCAAACAGCUGAAAUUUCACCAAGUACUUCUAUUAAAUUAGAUGGAAAAAUUAGUGAUAAAAGUGAUAAAAGUUUGAAUGCUAACACUGGGUUGAAACCUCCAUCUGACGAUCAUUACACUCUCCUCCCCACAUCUUCAUCUCAUGGAAUAAAUGAGAAUUCCAGGCCAACCUCCAAGAAGAUCAUGAUACCCAACCUCUCUUCUACUCCUGGAGGUUUGAAAGAUGAUAAAAGUCAUCUUCCUUUAUCCGAAGAAUUGAAGUGUAAUGGUUACAUACAAGGCAUCAAAGAUGUGAUGGUUCCAAACUGCCACAGCAACCUUCUUCAACCCAAACGUUCCCCAUUUGUUGAAAGUUCAGAGUCCGAUGCAUUCUCUGAUGUUGGUUUUGACGUGUUUGAUGUUGAUAGUUUGUUCAACACGUCAACCUCUGUCACUUCAACUUCAAUGGAAACAGUUUCAGAUCAAACAAACUCGUCCAAUGAAAGUGCUGUGAGCGAUUUAUUUCCCCAACAGUUAUGGGACCCAGUAUUAGAUGAGAACAGUUCAGUUCGUAGUUAUGGUGAUGAAAGUGCCUUACCUGGCACCUCGCAUUCAAGUGAGAUGCAAAGCUUAAGCCUCAUCACUGAAUAUUCACCAGACUGGUCAUACUCGGAGGGCGGUGUUAAAGUUUUGAUCACCGGUAGUUGGAAUUUUUGUAACAAUUACACAUGUAUGUUCGGAAGUAUUUCAGUUCCUGCUACGAACAUACAAAAUGGUGUGCUACGAUGUUACUGUCCAGCACAUGAUGUUGGACACGUCGAUCUCACCGUUGUAUGUAAUGACAGAAUCGUUUCAAAGCCAGUCCCAUUUCAUUACAAACAAGUUCCACCUGCAUAUUCGGAACUUGCCACACAAUGGCUCAAACUUGAUGAAAAUGAAUUCAAACUGUCAAUCAUUAAUCGACUGGAGAGAAUGGAGCAAAGGUUGAACUCAAUCGGUGAAAAUGGAAGUUUAAUUAAUAAACCGAACACAUUACAUGGUGGAGUACAGCAUGGUCUUAAAGUUUUAAACCUAGAUGUGAAUGCUGAUCAACCACCACGGGAUAUUAACAAUGAAGAAUCAAGACUUAUAACUUUGUGUCAGCGACUUUAUCAUCGGUUUGCAAUGUUUGAUAAAAGCAACUUCGUAAACUUUGAUAAUGAGGUUGAUGGUAGUGGACUUACAAUACUUCACUGCGCUGCAGCUCUUGGCUAUCAACAACUUAUACAUACUCUCCGUUCACUUAGUGAGAUGUGUGGCAACUUCAAUGCUUUCCUUGAAAUGGAAUGCAAUCCACAGAAUGUUGAUAAAUAUGGUUGUUCUGCACUGAUGUGGGCGUGUGCGAGCGGCCAUCAAGGUUGUGCGGAAAUUCUAUACACCUGGAGAAAAUAUGAGAUUCAUACACUUGAUUACUUAGGUCGCUGUGCCUCAGCUAUAGCUCAACUACAUGGACAUCAUGAAUUAUUUAAAAGAUUGGAAGUUCUUUCAAUGUGUGUUCAACAAAAUGAUGAUUUCUAUCCCGAAGAUGAUGAAGUUGAUACAAGCUCUAUCGGUGAUACAACAAUAUCAUCAUCAGGUGAUACAUUGGAUUCUGGUGAAGAUUCCAUGGAGACGGACGAUACAGAUAUCCAACCAACCACAAGUAGACCACCGUCCCCAUCAAACCAACAUUCAUUCAAAUUUACAACUCAGAACACGAUGGGAGAUCAAAUGUUAAACAACCAAUCAACAGGUUUCACUUCAGAGUUGGCAAGAAAUGGAAACUUAUUCGCUGAUUCAGGCACCACCGACAUUGCAACGCUUGCUGAACAAAUACUUGAAUCAUCGCCUGAAGUUAUGAAGGAAUCUGCUGAAGGUCUCACUUUAAGAUCACUCCCACAUUUUGUUACUUCUCGGUGUGGUGGAAAAACUUCAAUACCAUAUGACUAUCAGCGUGAUAAUUCCACCAUCAACUGGUGUGACUUCCUUCAAUUACCACCACGUUCAACUUCAAUAAGAGCUUAUCAAAAUCCCAACGAGCUGGAAUUGGAUUCUCUUCGCCUGAGUGAACAAGAACAACGUCAACUUUACUUUGCAGCAAAAGCCGUCUUGUCUGCGUACCACACAGAACGUUUAUCGUUAAAUGGUCAAGAACUACGUGCGUCACUUCUUAUACAAAGGUGUUAUCGUAAAUACCGUAUGUUUGCAAUGUGCAAGAAGAUGAAUGAAGCUGCUGUCUUGAUCCAGAGUAAAUUCCGAUCAUACCAGGAACAAAAACGUUUCCAGAAAAGUCGUCAUGCUGCUAUACUUAUUCAGUCGUUUUACCGAAGUUACAAACAUGCACGAACAUACAGAGGGCAACGUACCUCACGUCCGCCGUCAGUUCGUCUUAUUGAAGAUGCUUUGAGAGGUCAUUUAACAAAGAGACGACAACAUCAAGCAGCUCAAAAAAUCCAAAGAUUUCUACGACGUUGUCAUUGCAGACUUCGCCAACAGGAUCUCAGCCAAGCAAGGAACAUUUCAUCUUGCAUGAAUGGCUUGUACACAUGUUAGCAUCACACAUUGGUCGAUAUCUAAAGAAAAAUCCUUAAGCCCGUCAUAGAUUAUUUCCUGCUCGUGAGAUUUCACUUUUUAUAACUUUUGCACGUUUGAUAUCUUCUGUAACACACAAUAAGAUUGACUUGUACAUAAAUCAAACUUGUGACAUAUUUUCUGCAUAUCUAUAUCUGUUGCUUAGUUUUUGAUAUGAACCCUGGUAAAUUAAUUAGAUUAAAAGCUUGUAAUUUAACAAUAUAUGAUGCACUGUGAUGUUGUUUCAAAUAAUGAAAGUCACCACGCUAUGUAUGGAUUACACAUCAUUGGAAAAAUAAACCAGAUUCUUAUUUA